UGGAGAAACAUUCCAAACCAACCCAGCACAAUAUGAAAACGAUCAAAGGUCAGAAGACAGAAAAAUCUCCACAAAUUGAAAAUCAAAAUCAUUACCACAAACACUUGGAUGAUAAUGACAUCCAUGAUACCCAUUCAACCACAGAGGAUAGCGUUUUUAAUGACCUUUCCCGUGACAACAGGCAUCACCACUCCCAUUUUCACCAGCGAAACCAUCACAGUUUUUCCACCUCAAGUACCUCCAUAACAUCAUCGCCAUCGCCAUCAUCAUCAACUUCCCUUACUUCUUCUUCCUCAUUUUCAUCAUCCUCUUCAUCAUCCUCCUCAUCUACAACAUCCUCUUCCUCCUCCAGCUCUUCAUCUGAGAGUGACAGUGAAAGUUCAUGUCCAAGCGUCAAACCUCAGCAUUCCCGUUCAUGCACGGACAUCUCCAGGAAAAACAGAUAUUUUGAUGAAUGUGAUGACACUGCUCCGUUAUUGGGCAGAAGCGAAUAUGUGGACAGAAAUCAGAAACAAGGCUCAACUCCUGGUUCUAGCCGAGGCAAACUUAAGAGUGUACAAGAUGGAAGUGUCCGCAAGGCUAAAUCAAUGGAGACCCUCGCAAGACCAAAGCAAAAGGAACCACAAGAUAAAGCAGAACAAGACAAGAGAAAAAACAUAGUGAAGGAAAAAAUUCAAUUCUCUGCAUUUCUGAAUGAGAUCACUCGGCAGGUGCUUAGUCCAAUGAGACUCUCAACCCUUGGAGUGACAAACGUGCAAAGAUCUCAUAGUCCAGGACAGGCAUCUGCAAGAUCUACGAAGUCUGAACAUAGCAAAGGUCACCAGAUCGUAAGACAAGACAUAGUUUUAAGAGGCAUCAUUCAUGGUCGGAUUGUCAUCGCUCCUGCUCACCAUCAGAAAAGCACCAUUAUCAUCGACAUCCUCACCGGUAUCGCAGUCCAAGAAGUACUACCAAAUAUCGCCAUAGAGGUCAUCUCAGCCCUGACUAUCAUCACAAUAAGCAAGAGCUUCAACGUGAAGAGCACUGUCACACCCAUGGCCAUAACCAUCAGAAACACCAAGAUCCUAGGCCCCGGAGUGACCACUACCAUGGAUCUCACCAGAGAAAACAAUAUAACAAACAACUGGUGCCCGAUCACGAUCAGCAUCUUUACCACCAAAAUGAGUCUGUACAUCACCAUGGCAAUAAACACCGCCAUGGACCCCACACCCAUCACCACCAUGAGUCCCACCGCAAAGGGGACAAUCACAGUGAGCCUCAACAACACCAUAGUGACCAUCACCGUGAAGCCCAUCACCACGGAGAACAUCAUACUGAGCACCAUCACCAUGGAGAACAUCGUUACCAUGGAGAACGUCACCGCAAGUCUCACCAUCACCAUGAGGACCGUCAUCGCGAGCCCCAUCACCAUAGAGACCAUCACACUGAGCACCAUCACCAUGGAGAACAUCACAGUGAGCCCCAUUGUCAUGGAGACCAUCACAGUGAACCGCACCAUCACCAUGGAGACUAUCACAUUGAGGCCCACCACCAUGGAGACCACCACCAUGGAGAUCACCACCAUGGAGACCAUAAUACUGAGCCCCAUCACUAUCAACAUGGAGAUCAUCAGAGUGAGCCCCAUCACCAUGGAGACCACCACCAUGGAGAUCACCACCAUGGAGACCACCACCAUGGAGAUCACCACCAUGGAGACCAUAAUACUGAACCCCAUCACUAUCAACAUGGAGAUCAUCAGAGUGAGGCCCAUCACCAUGGAGACCAUCAUGUUGAGCACCAUCACCAUGGAGACUAUCACAGUGAACCUCAUCACCAUAACCAUGGAGACUAUCACAAUGAACACCAUCACCAUGGAGACCAUCACAGUGAACCCCAUCACCAUCACCAUGGAGACCAUCACAAUGAACCUCAUCACCAUCACCAUGGAGACCACCACGCCACAUCACCAUGGAGACCAUCACAGUGAGCACCCUAAUCACUAUGGAGAUCAUCAUCAUUAUGAAGAUAAUGCGUGCCACCAGAAACACCCCGAUGACCACUGUGGUCCUGAAUCCCCCAAGGUCCAUUCCAAAACAAACCAGUGUCACACUGGCUCCAGCCACCAUGGAAAACCAGCAGAGAAGACUCUGGAGUCCCUCAGAAAUUCUACUAGACCUGCCAGUGCGUCCAGUCAGGACGAGGAACAGACAAGCUUCAGAAACCCAUUACAUAAAGAAAGUGCAGAUGGCAUGGGCCGAAUAAUAAUACUGCAUGAACAGAAUGAUGGGCUGCAGCAAAGUCUGUUGAAAACAGCAGUGAGAGUGGAGUGUUUGGGAGAAGAGUUCACCAGCAGUCGCCACUGUUUGGAGGCAGAGCUUCAGAAGACACGCUUGGAGCUCAGUAACCUCACUGAGAGAUUUAAAAGAUUACAUGACAACUGCUCUUCAGCACAACAAACUAAUAACCUGCUAGAGCAUAAACUUCAUUUGGUGGCUCAGAGUAUGGAAGGGGAGCGUGAAAGGCUAAACAAACGCGUUUCAGCUUUAACAGAACGACUGGCUGAUGCAAAGUUUGUCAACACUGUGGACACAAGCCACGCAACACAACAUCAUAAUCAUUCAGGUGCGGACCCGGCUGUUCCCCCCGUUGCCCCUCCUCCAGCUCAGUUCAUGGACAGUCAGAACUACACUAAAGACAAAAUUGUAGGACAGGAACAGCCUUUGGGGUCAGUCCCAGAGGAGGAGGAAUCUGAUUGGUCAGAAAUUGGUGAGGAAACACCAAGAUUUGUGCUGACAGGUUUGAACAGAGGCCAGGCAUGGAGACAGGGUGAUGAAGAUAAAGCCAAUGAGCUCGAAAGGGAAGUGAUAUUUCAACCAAAUUCAUCACGUUCUUCGACUAUACCUCACCUACAGUUUACAGUCCACAAUGAAAUUCUCCCUCUCACACAAACUAAUCUCUCCAACAUCGUGACCUGUCAAAGCUCUUACAGGAUCACCACAAGUCCAAGUUUAGGGUCUGCUGUUCUUGUCCGGUCGGCCAGUUUGGAAGAGAUCCCUAUGGCCCGACACUCCAAGGAGCUCCACAGCACAGAGGCCAUGACGGACCUGCACCACUCAGGAGAAGUGCGUGACUUAGAUAAUGAGUUCAUCCAUCACCUGAAAAGCAGCAGGGGCACAGCACAUGAGAGGCAGGUGGACAGCAGUGUUUCUGAGAUGGAUACUGCCAUGUCCAAUCUGCAGUCAGCCGAGCGCAUUCUGAACAACCUUAUAUCUGAAACACAGCACAGUGAAGCAGAACACGACUGGUCAGAGGCAGUGCCAGAGGAAUUACUCAAAGGGGAACGGACAAAGCUCUAACAGUGGGACCAAGUAGU